GCAUGCGCGGAAGCUAAGGAAGCCACCAUUUUGGAAGGAGGCGAUUUGAGGUUGUUUUGGGUUUGGGGUUUGCUUUGGCGGGGGUGCGUAGUAUCCGUCCCCGCUUGACCUCCGGAAUGUUUGGCGAGCGAGUAGCCGAUUUGAUUUGAGAUGCCUCAUGCUGCGUGUAAGUCAAGAUAUUUUGAAAAUCAGGAUGUCUCAGUAGUUGAGCCCUCUUCUAAAAGGAUGAAAUCUACAGAAGAGCCUUAUGGUAAAUCCUAUGAUGAAUUACAAAGACUUCAUGAGGAAAUACAUAUAAAAAAAACUCAUUCUGGCUUUAUUCCAUUGUCGCUAUCUGAUGAGGAGAAAAGAGAGAGAGAAAGAAAUGCAGAAGUAUUAAAUUCAUUUAACCAAGAACCUCCUGGUCAAAAGAAUAAAGGGGAAAUGGAACUGUACAGCACAAGCAAAGCAUUUAUUGGGCCCAUUUAUAAAAGGGAAAGUAAUUGUGAACAUAAACAAAAGCAAAAGUAUAUUGAUAACAACUGCCCAAAGAGAUCAAAUACUAUUAAUGGUAAAAAGUCUCAGAAAGAAAUAGUGCAAGCUAUCUCCAGUGAUACGCCAAAAAUAGAAGAUGAAUUGUCACAGUUCUACAGGGAAAUUGAUCAGCUUGAAAGUAAUGAAAGUUGUCCAGAUACUCAUUUACAGGAGACAGAAGCAAAUUCACCUUAUCCGCCUCUGAACUGUAGUAAAUCAAAUCAAGUAAUGUAUGUAAAAUCUCAAGAAUGGUCUCAUGAGAGCAAUGAGGAACAAUAUUUUUAUAAUGAAUCAAAUACUUAUAGAACUGGCAUAGACAUUUGUAAUGACCCAAAUGGUCACAGAACUGGCAUGGAACAACGUGAACAUAGAAGAGAUGCAUGGGAAAUCGAACAACCAUGUAAUAAACAAGAUUUUAGAUUCUGGAAUGAUUUUGUACCUCAGUUUAGGCAUAGUGGCCCACAGACCCAUCCAUUUGUAAUACCUUACAACCCACCACAUCCAUUUACUGCUCACUUCAAUUUUCAGAACUCUAAUUCCUUAUCACUUUGUUCAGAUGGCUUCAAUUCUUCAAAUACAGAAUUUAAAAAAAAUAACAUGAACAGUUCAGAAUGUGAUCAAAGUAAUCCAUACAGUAAUCACUUGAAUAUUCCUAGCAUGAAUAUAAUCAGAAAUGAAUGUAGUGUACCCAAUGGAUAUAUGUUUAGUGGUUUCGGUGAAACCCAAGCAAAUUGGAAAAACAGUAAAGCUCACAAUUUUGAGGAGUCAAAUAAUGUUCCCCAGCAGCAUCCUCAGGACAAAUCAUAUGAGUUUAAAAAGCGACUUUUAAUAUUAAGAGGACUUCCAGGCUCUGGAAAGACAACCUUAUCUCAUAUUCUCCAUGGUCAGAGUUAUAAUGGCAUUGUAUUCAGUACUGAUGAUUACUUCCAUCAGAUCAAUGGAUGUUGGAGCUAUAAUGUUUCUCAGCUUGGUACUGCUCAUGAGUGGAAUCAAAAUCGAGCAAAAGAAGCAAUGGAUCUAGGAAGAUCCCCAAUUAUUAUAGACAACACAAAUACACAAGCUUGGGAAAUGAAGCCUUAUGUGAAAGCGGCUCUAGAAAAAGGCUACCAGGUGGAAUUUCAUGAACCAGACACAUGGUGGAAAUUUAAUCCUGAAGAACUAGAAAAGAGGAAUAAACAUGGGGUCAGUCGUGAGAAGAUUGUACAAAUGCUGGAAAGAUAUGAAUAUCAAAUCUCGAUACCCAUUGUCAUGAAUUCAGUGCUUCCUUUUCAUAAAACUUCACAAAGACCAUAUUUACAAAGAAGACAGAGGGAACUGGUUGUAAAGAGGAAACACAGAUUACACAAGAUAAAACAAAAAAAGAAACAAAAGAAGAACAGAAAAAUAAAAAAUGCUGUUAUUACAUCAGUGGACAUAAAAUCAGAUGGACACUUAAUUCCAAAUGAUGGGGAUUUAUCACAAAGUGAGCAAGAAAAUUCAGAAGACAAUGGACAAUCAGAAUUAGUGAUUGGCUAUCCAGAUGAAGCUAAAAUUGAUAGUGAGAAUGGCUCAACGAAGUAUAAUCAUGUACAGCUUUCUGAAUUGCAAAAAAAGGAAUUCCUUGAUUCUGUUGUGGUAAAUUCAGCGUCUUUAAAGAAGUCACUAAAAGCAGAUAUUACUGAAGAUGUGUCACUGUCAAUUACUCUAAAUGAAAAUAUAGCUGGCCAAUUAUCCAACUGUCAUUUAUCGAAUGGGAUCAAAAGCAUAUCGCUUGCAGAAAGUGACAGUAACACUUUAGAUUAUUAUCAAAAUUCAUUUCAACAAUCAGAUCAAAAUGAUGCAAGAAAAAAUACUGUAUUGACUGAUAAAGAAAACAAAAAUACAUCUGCUGAAAACUUGGUCCAAAGAAACCAAAUGUUAAGCAAUGAAGAGGAAACUCUCCCACAUCCACAUGGAACUUCAGAAAGUAAUGAAAUGAAUUCCUGGGCUUUCUUUUCCUUUGAUUUGGUUGAUGAACAAUUUCAGAUCAAGACAGAGAAAAAUGAAUCGUGUUUGACUUGGCCUGAGGAUCUAUCUAAAAUCAUGUUUGAGCAAAGACCAAAAAAGGUCAAAAGGCCUAAGAAGAUGCUUUCAGAUGCAACAACAGAAAUAACUGAUUAUAAUUCUAGUAAAGAAUUGGUGAAAGAAAACAGUGUAAGACUCCUGCCUGAAAAUAGUGAUACAACAAAUAGCCCUUUGUCAUUGCUGAUGGAAAAUAAGAUACGUGAUAAUGCUAGUGAAUUUGUCAGAGAAAGUGGAAAGAAAGCCAGUUUCACAACUAAUGGGCGUAUAUUAGCUUUAUCAAAGAAAAAAGAGAAACAUAAAAGGAUCUUCAAAUUGGCCCCAAACUUUGAUUUACCAUGGCAUAUUCCUCCUAAAAAUAAUCAGAAAGUGCUAAACAAUAUAGAUACAGAGAAAGAAGACAUUUCAAAUGAAGAAAUUAUAGAAAAGAACAAACAAUGCUGUGAACUUCAAGCAUCCAAUUACAAUGCAGUAGUUGAAUUUUCUGAUUUUGAUGUGGAACUUCCCUUACAGAAUGGUUCCAAACAACUUGCAGAGGAAUCUGUGACUAUUCCAACAAAAGAAUCUGAUACUCCAAUUCAUGAACAUACUUUUGUUUCCUGUAAAGCUCCCUCACCAAGUGAACAAGAAUUGUUUGAAUGUGAUGAAACAAUAGAAAUUAAAGAAAAGAAAAAGAUACCUCCAGAUACUUCAACUACUCAGCCAGAUAUUUUGCAUUCAAUUAAACUAGUUACUGAAUGCCUUACAAACACUAUGGCUGAACCUUUUGAAGAUAUGGAAGUGAUUAAUGAACGUGAACAAAAAGUACAUUCUCAGAUCAAAGAUGUUCAAGAUUCCCCAUAUACAAAAUCCAGUAAUUGGGAGCUUCCUUUAUCACUAAGAUUUGUACUUCAACUCGUAGAACUUUUUGGUUCUCCAGGAGUUCCAUUAGAUAGUUUAUUACCAGAUGAUUAUGUAGUUCCUCUUGACUGGGCAAUAUCAAAGGAGAUCUAUCUACAGUGGAAGACAUCUGUGGAGAAGAAACAGGAAAAUAACCAAUUGAAAGAGAAUUCCUUGCUCGUUGCUGCAGCUGCUCUCCAGGAUUCAAAUAAGGAUGGUCAAGAAAGAAAAUCUUCAGAAAUGCCUUUGGAAGAACCAUCAUUGCUCUGAAAAAUUGUUUCAAGCUAUAUAAUCCAAGCAAUAAUGCUAGCUACUCUGAGAUUUUUAUUUAAAAACAACCAACCUUUUUUUUUUUUUUGCAGAAAGAAUGUGCUUGCUUUUUGGCUUUUCUUUGGGUGGACUCAAAUUAACAACCAUCUAGAAUAAAAGUAAACCACAAGAAUCAGAAAAAGUACAAAGCAUCAAACUUUUUGAAUCCCUAUCUAAGUCAUCUGCUGCUUUUGAAUUUCAUUUUCAAAUAAAAUUGUGAAGAGUGAUUGUCAUUGUUAAAAGGACAAAGUGAAAUAAUGUGGCUUCAAUUAUUUAAGUCAUGUAUGUAUGAUACCCCUCCCCCCCAAAAUUAAGGGAUAUAUCAUCAUAGAUUUGGAAAGGUCAUGCCAUCCUCCAGAUGAGUCAUACCUGGCCUAAGGUCUAUCCAGCCUGUUCCUGAACAUAUCCAGUGUGAGGAUUCCUCCCUAUGAAUUGCUGUGUAACUCUUCAUAUCAUUA